AGGAGUUUAUAAAAAGCAGGAAAAACUGGGAACAUGGAAAGCGUGAUUUUCGUUCUAACCAGAACCGGGUCCAAAGCACAUCCAGUCUCUAUUUGGAAUUUUCCUGUCGGUGCUGAUGGAGAACUGUCUCACAGCUCAGGCGUACUGUCUCUUUAAGAGGACUCCGCGGUUCUACUUCAGAGCUCUCUGCUUCACUAUGGCGAAGAAGAAACAAACAAAACGGAACGGGCCCCGGUAGAACCGUGAACACAUCGCUCCGUUAGAGUGACUAACAGCCACUCAGUGAGUUCUGGCUGCUCUCAGGCAGGGUGUGCUCUGGUUUACUUAUUUUUCUCUCUGUGCGGGUUGAGAGGCAGAUGCUGGCCGCGCAGAAAGCGAUGAGAAGAGCUAAAACAGUUGGCUUGAUCACGCCGAAAACCUCAGCUGGAGGAGGACAAGAAGAAGAAGAAGAAGCCGGUGGUGAUCGCGGCUUAACGCUGUUUUAACGGUUUUCCUCCGCUAGAAACAGAUGGACGGAGGAGGACGCUAACCCAUAACCAUUAGCUUCGAACAGCAAACAUUUUUCGACCAGGAUUCUCCGUGUCUCUCGCUGCUGAAACAGUCCGGAAAGAUGUUGACAGGGUCCAGGACGACGUUCAAAGUGAGACAGAUGCUCCCAGAUAUUAAGGAGAGGAUGCUGAGCCAGAGUAGCACCAGCGCAAGGAGUCGAGAUGUGUUUGGGCUCCGGUGUCUCCCAGGUGAAUGUGUCCUUCAGAGGACUGUCAUGGUGAGGAAGAAACUGACCGCCAGGGAAGGGAGAGGAUGGCUCUCUGGUACUCUCUUCUGUACCCACUUCAGAGUGGCGUUUGUUCCCCAGGACAGCCCCAAAUCUGACGACAAUGCAGAUCCAAUCCUUCUGGGAGAUCAUGACGUGGCUCUGGCAUCAAUCGAGAAAGUGGUCGCUGUUGGACCAAAUAGAACCAAACUGGUGACCCCAAACUCCUCUCUGAAGUUCACUCCAGAGGAACUGGUGCUUUAUUGUCGGGACCUGCGAGUCAUGUGCUUCCUGUUUGACCGCCUCACACCUGAUGCACAGGUCAUAGAGAUAACGUACACCAUCGCCAGGACCUACCAGCCUCUGAAACCUGGAUCCGUUUUAUCUUUCCAGAACUCUGCCCUCGGGAGUGUAGAAAUGAAGCAGUUUCUAAGCAACCGUCGCCGAGACGCCCACAUGAACUGGUUUGAAUCCGCCUCGGACUGGGAGCAGGAGCUGGAGAGGUGCGGGGCCACAAGCUGGAGGGUCAGCUCCGUCAACGACCGAUUUGAAAUGUCCACCAGCCUGUCGAGGUUCAUCGUGGUCCCUCAGAAGGUUCUGGACACAGAGCUGAAGAAGAGUUUUGCCCACUUCAACGAAGGACGAAUCCCUCGCUGGUGCUGGAGGCAUCCCAGAGGCAGCGAUCUGCUGCGCAUGUCCAGCUUUCAGAACAACAUCUACCACGAGAAGGACGACAUCAGAAACCUGGAGAUGAUCCUGUUCGGUUGUCAAUCCUCUCUGUGUGUGGUGGUGGAGCUGGGCGACGAGCUGCCGUCGCCCGCCGACAUCCAGCUGGCACACAGCCGCGUGAGGGCCCUUUGUCUGGGAGACAUCUCCAUGUCUGUGUCUGCGCCUGAUGACAAAUGGUUGUCCACGCUGGAGAGCACCCACUGGUUGGACUACAUCAGGUCCUGUCUGAGGAAAGCUUCAGAGGUUUCCUGUUUGCUUCGUAGUGGUCACCUGACCGUGGCCCUGCAGGAGGUGGAGGACCGGGACAUGAGCUGUGUGGUGUCCAGUCUGAUCCAGGUGAUGUGCGACCCCCAUUAUCGGACCCAGCAUGGCUUCCAGGGCCUGGUGCAGAAGGAGUGGGUGAUGGCCGGCCACCGCUUCUACAGCCGCUUCAACUACCACCGAGACAGCGACAAAGAGGAGUCUCCAGUCUUUCUGCUCUUCCUGGACUGCGUUUGGCAUCUGUGGUUCCAGUUUCCAUCACGUUUCCAGCUGACGGAUGAGUUCCUGUUGGCGCUGCACGACAGCGUCCACCUGCCGCUCUUCUCCACCUUUUUGUCGAACUGCCAGCGGGAGAGAUGUAAACGUUCCCAGAACGUCGGCCAAUCCUACACGCCUGUUAACGGCUGGCGGGAUAUACCAAGUCUGGACUCUUUGUCGGAUCCAUCAGACCCUCCUCUGCCUCCAGUUUGGGACUGGGCCCUGCAGUACAGCCAGGAGAGACAGGACUGCUUCAGCCAACCUGUCUCCCCGAUGCUCCCGCUCCAACCGCUGCUGAACGGAAACCUCAACACCAACCUGGAUGCACACAGGCUGGCGGACACCAUCCCCGGCUCCGUGUUCCUGCUCUCCCGGGGUACCUUCACCUGCCCCGCAAACCUGCCUCCCUGGCGCAGCGGCAGUUCAGGCGUUUACAAAAAAAGCCACCGGAGGGCGCUGUCCUCAGAGAACGUGCCUGGCCUGGAGAGGUUGCUGAAAGCGUGGGCCAUGGCUGAGUUUCCCAAGAACAUCCCUGCCACCUCUGGACCCAAGGGACCUCUGGAUCCAUACGAGCCCCUUCUGCCCCUCCUGAUGGGUCCAUGCAUGAGCCUGUGGAGGGAGUGCUACCUGCGGGGCGCGCUCCAUGCUCAGGCCUUCUCUCAUCCCGUCUCGGCCAACAGGCCCCACCCCGUGGACCGUCUCGCUCAGGAGGUGCAGCAGCUCAAAGAUCAGCUCGCCCAGCUCUCCACCAGCAGGAGUCCCGACCAGCUCACCGUGACAGCUGAGACCCAACGAACUGACACCAACUUAAACCAGAGCACCAACAACAGCACCUUCCUUUACUCAGCGCUCAGGCCCAGAGCAACGCCCCCACCUACCUCCACCAACCAGCACACCUCCAGGGGCUCCUCCUCCGCCUCGGCUCCGCCGUCGAGGCCUACAAACAGAGACGGCAACAAGCACUCCUUCCUUUUCGGACACACUGCUGUAGCAGAAGCUCGGUCGGACCCUCGCUACCAUCCACCACCCAGUACCGCCAAGCUGCCUAAGAGCAACGGGCCGUCGCUGACUUCCUGAGAUCAGUUCCUGACUCUUUUCUAUUCCUGGAUUGAGACCAGUAACUUUUAAACCAGUAUGAGACUGAGAUAUCGCUCAGUGCUGCCCAUGGGUGGAAAGAGGCCUAAAAUGACCUGAACUGAUGUAGGAAAUAAUGAGUAGAAGAGCUUCUAACUGCUCUUUGGUGUCUGUGCUGUACAGAGAUGCAACAACUGUUUUGUUCUUAAUAUAAAAUCCGACUCAACAGAAAUGCAAAAAACCAGCCUGCAGCCGAGGAGUGGCUGGCAGGUUAUCUUCAAAGCGGCACAGUUCUGGAAAAAGAGGACAGGAAAAGUUCUGUUUUUAGCUUCUUAUCCACACUGUUCAGAUAAACUUAGAGACACAGAAGCUUUCAGUGCUUUUAACCUCUAACCUGUGUGAUUUUUCAAUAUGCAAACAGAUUUGUUCCUGUCGACAUGGCAGAGAUGGUUUCUGAAAGCUGUCGGUACGACAACCGGUAGCUUUAAUGUGGAAUUUAGGACAUGAGAGCUAUUUUUGGUCUCAUAUCCCUCCGUCAGUGCAUUCUCCAGAGCAGUGUGAAGGCCUACGUUCACUUCACAGUAUUAAAUGUGUCUGCGGUCACAAUUCAGAUCAUUUUACAGGGAAAGGUGAAGAAUUUGCUUCAGUCAUUGUAUUAUGUUGUAGAAAUCUGGUUUCAGGACGGUCUGUUUUUCUAAAAGAGACUAAUCAAUAUCUGAUCUAUAUUUAAACUACAUCCCUAAUCUGUCAUUUGUCUCAUCACAUCUUGAGUUUAACAUUCAAACCAUCCUCUGGGUUUUUGAGUUUACUGUCUGAGGACCCGCACUAUAGGACCAUUUCACUGCUUUUUUGUACAGAUCUUCUCUGGUUUUCUUUCUGGUGUCUUUAAGAAAUCUAUUUAGUGUCGAGUGGUGCAGUCUGGGUUUGAUACAUCUACAUGGGAACAUCAGUUUUAAAACGAACCAGAUCAAAAUUGGUCCAGAUGCCAAAAAAACCAGUGAAAUUGCCCUUUAUGACAACUGACUCAGCAGCUACACUCAUGCAGAUAAUAAAACCAGACUUCUGCACAAGCAUGUAAGAUAAAUCUUUUGAGAUUUGAUAGAAAAUUCUAGAAAUUUGUCUGGAAAAUGAUGGAAUUUUUUAAUGUGAAAAGUGUUGCAACUUGGUGAUAUGAGUGUUAUUUAGUAAUUACGGAUGUAAAAUGUGGAAGGGAGUCAUUUCUGAGCAAGGUCAGUGUUAUCCUAAUUUAAUAAGAAACAAAAAGAUGCCAGUACUGGCAGCAAAGGGAAGCUUAUUUCUUCUGAUGUUUACAGUUUCAUUUUUUUGCCUGCUUGUUUUAGUUUGUAAUCGAUUGCUUGCCCGGGGCUGAAAAUGUUCUGUCCCGCCAAUAAAUUUGCUUGAGUAAUGUAUUUGUCCUUAAUUUAAAAGCAGGAAAAUAGCCAUCAGUCCUGAUCUCAUCCUGUCGGACGGUACCUCACUCAGAUCUGACCUUUAUUAGAUUGUUGUAAAUAUUUAAAACAUAAAAACGCUACGAGCAUUCCAGCGGUGAUGCCAACCUGUUUGUCUUCCACAGAAACAUGUUGCCCCUCACAUGGAAAUUUUUAUUUGAUCUUUUCACACCUACUGCUCUGUAUUCAUUCAUUAUUUAAAGUUUUUGGUACAAGCAUCCUUUAAAAUUUGCCAGGUGUAAAUAUUGUUUUUGGGGGUUUUUUUUGUACCAGCAUGUUUUGCUCUUGUUUCUCAUUUCUGUUGAUGGAAAAGUGAAUUUCCCAAAAUAAAACCCUUGUACACAG